UUUGCUGUGCCAGAGCAUUCUCCGAAAAACCAGAGAGAUGGGGCGGUCUGUGCAGUGAGCACGGAGACUGGAAGAGAGAAAAUAAGGACAGGACAAGAGAGACAGAAAAGGACAUCUGGAAAAGUCGGAAGGGAGAACACGAGGAAAGGAAAAGAAACCCACACCAGGUGGAAACAAGAUCCAGAGCAAACCGGUCGGAUCUACAGUUGUUUUUCUGCAAAAGAAGGGCUGGAGGGUUGCCUUUCCGCCCCUCCAGUUAACGAAAAGUACUUUUAUCCUCCUAAAAGAAAAAGCUGAGGGGCGGUAAAAAUCUGUUUUCUUAGGGGGCGAGCCGAGGGAAAUCCAGACUCUCCCUUUUUGAAGCGUCUGAAAUCAGCCGCUGCCUGAACACUGCAGAACCCUCCUGUUUUCUGAAGAUCAACAUCUCUCCAGGAAAAUUCCAGCCGGAGUAGCCGAAAGAUAUCUUUCGGAGGUUGAAAUUCUAUUAAGAUGGAAAAAGAAGCCAGGCACCGAAACAGCACGGAAAAGAACCACCCAGGUGGGAGCGAGUCAGAAGCUGGGCCCGAAGAGGGAGAGGGCGGAGUAGCCCUGAAGAAGGAGAUUGGAUUGGUCAGUGCCUGCGGUAUCAUUGUGGGAAACAUCAUUGGCUCUGGAAUCUUCGUCUCACCAAAGGGUGUUCUGGAGAAUGCUGGUUCCGUGGGCCUCGCUCUUAUCAUCUGGAUCGUGACGGGUCUCAUUACAGCUGUGGGAGCCCUUUGCUAUGCUGAACUUGGAGUAACCAUCCCCAAAUCUGGGGGUGACUACUCCUACGUCAAGGACAUCUUUGGAGGACUGGCAGGGUUCCUGAGGCUAUGGAUUGCUGUGCUGGUGAUCUACCCCACCAACCAGGCUGUCAUCGCCCUCACCUUCUCCAACUACGUGCUACAGCCGCUCUUCCCCACCUGCUUCCCCCCAGAAUAUGGACUCCGACUCCUGGCUGCCAUCUGCCUAUUGCUCCUCACAUGGGUCAACUGCUCCAGUGUGCGGUGGGCCACCCGAGUUCAAGACAUUUUCACAGCUGGGAAGCUCCUGGCCCUGGCCCUGAUUAUCAUCAUGGGGGUUGUACAGAUCUGCAAAGGAGAAUACUUCUGGCUGGAGCCAAAGAAUGCAUUUGACAAUUUCCAAGAACCCAACAUCGGCCUCAUUGCACUGGCUUUCCUCCAGGGCUCCUUUGCCUAUGGAGGCUGGAAUUUUCUUAAUUAUGUGACUGAGGAACUUGUUGAUCCCUACAAGAACCUUCCCAGAGCCAUCUUCAUCUCCAUCCCACUGGUCACAUUUGUGUAUGUCUUUGCCAAUGUCGCUUAUGUCACUGCAAUGUCCCCCCAGGAGCUGCUGGCAUCAAAUGCAGUCGCUGUGACUUUCGGAGAGAAGCUCCUAGGGGUCAUGGCCUGGAUCAUGCCUAUUUCUGUUGCCCUGUCCACAUUUGGAGGAGUCAAUGGGUCUCUCUUCACCUCCUCCCGGCUGUUCUUUGCUGGAGCCAGGGAGGGCCACCUUCCCAGCGUGUUGGCCAUGAUCCAUGUGAAGCGCUGCACCCCCAUCCCAGCCUUGCUCUUCACAUGCAUCUCCACCCUGCUGAUGCUGGUCACCAGCGACAUAUACACACUCAUCAACUACGUGGGCUUCAUCAACUACCUCUUCUACGGAGUCACAGUUGCUGGACAGAUAGUUCUUCGCUGGAAGAAGCCUGACAUCCCCCGCCCCAUCAAGAUAAACCUGCUGUUCCCCAUCAUCUACUUGCUGUUCUGGGCCUUUCUGCUCAUCUUCAGCCUGUGGUCGGAGCCUGUGGUGUGUGGCACUGGCCUGGCUAUCAUGUUGACAGGAGUGCCCGUCUAUUUCCUCGGUGUUUACUGGCAACACAAGCCCAAGUGUUUCGAUAACUUCAUCAUGUUGCUAACCCUGGUGAGCCAGAAGAUGUGUAUGGUUGUGUACCCCGAUGUGGGGGGUAGCUCAGGGACAGAGGUGACAAAUGAGGACACAGAGCAGCAGUGGCAGCCCAUUGCCUCCAAGGACAAGGACUAGUGGAACAGCCCAGCCCUGAGGACCACCAUCUCCUCUCAGUUGCCUCCUCCCUCUUUUACCCCCUUUCUGUCCUCCUGCCCUGCCUGUGUCCCCCCAACACACACCCCUCUGCUUCUUCUGUUAAGCAGGGACAGGACCCGGGGGUGGGUGGUGAGAAAUGAUAAACAAAGACACUGACAUUUGUACCCAAAGAACCAGCCCUUCACCCCAGGGCCCAGGCCCAAAGGCAGGGCUGCCCACGCUCAGGCCGAGCUGUGAGAGGACAGUGGAGCUGCUGGAGCACCCUCCAGGGCCCUCUCUCCAGCCCUCACCCUGUUGCUUCCUCAGGAGCCUGAGUUCAGGACUGCUUUCUCUUCCCAUUCCUGAACCCAAGGACUCAGCUCUGAGAGAAGUGGCAGCAACAAGCAACAGUGAGUAGGCUGAGAAGGGACAGACCCAAGCAAAUAAAUCUGUCACCAUUAAAAGUCAGCUGGAGAGACCUGUAUCCCCUCCCUUCACUAGGGACCCAAGAAAUCAGAGGCGAUGCUUCCCUCUGCCCUUCCCCCCACACCUCCAUGCAUUGCAGCCUGGGCUUUCUGUCCAGAGUAAGUUCCUCAGGAUACCAUCCCCACCCACAUCCCAUCUCCCAUCCCCCACUGGGCUAAGGACCAAGGAACCGGGGAACUGCCCCUCACCUGACCCCCAGCCAGGCCCAUGGAACAGAUUGGGAAAGGCUCAGAUUGCAGAAACCCAGCCUUGCCCCUGACCCCUGCAUCCUGCCCCCAACUGGGUGCCAAAGCUUUCUGAAGCCAGAAAGUCCUCUCCUAAUGACAAAGCAAUUCAGCUCCUUCUCCCUCCCCACCCGCCUGGGGAGGAACAGUCUCACCCUGUCACCUUGCAGCUAUGCUCCCAGCACAUACCACUCAGCCAGCACUGCCUGCCCCCCUCCCCCCCAUCAUGCCCUUUCCCUCCCCUCUUUGGACCUUGGCUCCUGGGACCUAGGACUGGGUGUGAAGGCUCCCCAAGCCCUUCAGGCCUGAAACCUGAGCCAAAUCUGCCUUAAGUCACCUCCCAUCCAAGAACUGGACCUAAAAAUACUCCCUUAUUUCUAACCUUCAGGGCAGACCUGGUAUGAAAAGUUUUCCCCAGAGAGAGGGUGCGCGCCCAUUGCCCAGAGGGGCCAUUUGGGAAGAAGGCCACUUCCUCCCUCCUCCCCCAAUUCUAAUAACCCCUCCCCCUCUGUCCUCCCGCCACUGUCCUGCCUUUGGACAGCCUCCAGGGCGGGGUGAGAAGGCAGUGGUGGCAGGUGCCCACUUUGGAGGCCCUCGGAGAAGCCUGUUGUCCGUAGAAUGAGGACUCUGGCCAAGGAUGCCUUUCCCUGUGCUCCAAAGGAAAGAGGUAGUGUUUGCCCUGGGCCUUGAGCCUUCCUGCCACACCUGCUGUGCUAAGGACUAGAUCCUUUUAUCCCAAACGGAGCCACCUGCUUUGUGUAACUCCCCAUACCAUGUGCUUAAACUGGAAUACCCAGGAGCCCCUCUGGCCUGCUCCAGGAUCCCAGCUUCCUGCCCGGCCUGCCUCACCCUGUAUUGGUGAGAUGCCAGGUUUGGGUUGAGUUAUGGUCCCUUCUGAGGGGACUCCAGGCGGGCUGGGGCUGGCCCCUGGAGGGUCAGGGGACCAUCCUCUUAUUUCUUCUUCUCAUUCCUCCAACCACCUUCCCUCCUUCAAGUAUUUUUUUCUAAGUGGAUGCCUUACUUUUUGGAGAAAUAUUUUUGAAGCUGGCAUUUCUAUUUCUUUUGGACUUUUUUUAAUGUAAGGUUGUUUGGAGGAGCAGGGAGUUGGUUAUACCUGGAUAAUAAUUGUCUUUGAGUUGGUUUAGGUUCCCGAGGGUUGGUUGGUUGGUUGGUUUUAUGGAGGGUUUGGGGUUUUUUCUUUGAUGUAAUAAAAUUUAAAAUGGAAA